CUAAUCGACGGUCCGGAGUCCAUUGUCAUCUCUGCCCCUGCACUGCCCCUUCCUGCAACCCAGGCUGUCCGAACUCCGCAUAAUUCCUGCAACUAGGCUGGGUAGCGUGUACCCUGUUCGCUUGAAAUCCGGCCUAUAAGGGUCUUUAUAGCCACUUGCAGAACGCCCGCUGCUGGAGGAGACAAUUCGGAAUGAGGUUCGGCAUGGCAGCAGCAACCCGCGCCAUACAUCGCUCGGGUGGCGAGCGCCAAUUUUGCAAAACUUCGGGUCUGGAGGUGCGGGAGUUUGUUCUUGAGAGCUUUGCAUUCGGAAAACUGGCCAAGGUGGACUUGUUUUGUCGCCGCGUCAUCACGGGCGGCGCUGACAUAUAAAUCGCGACAUUCCCUGCGACCAGCCUGGGACGGCUAGCGCGGUCAAAUUCAGUCGCGGAUACCUUUCUCUCUCACGUUCCAUCUCUCUCCGAGUCCUCUCCCAGCGUCCACCAUGUCAUCCUCGCUGCUUGCUGUGCAGCGACGAACCCUCGUUUCCAAGUCGCGCUCUUUGUCGUCUGCUCGCCGGUGGGCGUCCACCGACGUCAAGGACAAGUUCAAAAUUGUUGUUGUUGGCGCUGGCUCUGGUGGAUUGAACGUUGCUAAUCAGAUCUACAAUCGGUUCCGAGCAGCUGGCACGCCACUGAACAAGGGUGAUAUUGCCAUAGUCGACGGCGCUGAAUAUCACUACUAUCAGCCUGGAUGGACGCUGGUCGGCGCCGGACUCAAGCAAAAGACGGAGACACGGAGGCCUCUCCAAUCCCUCAUCCCUCCUCAUCUUGCUUUUGUGCACGAAAAUGUGUCGACGUUCUCCCCUGAAUCCUCCUCUGUAACGACGGUUUCAGGUCGCUCCAUUUCUUACGAGACGUUGGUUGUCGCUGCUGGUCUCCAGACCAACUGGGGCAACAUUACCAACCUCCCAAAGGCACUUGCUGACCCAACGUCUGGAGUGUCUUCCAUCUACUCGUACGACACUUGUGACAAAGUGUGGCACGACAUCGAGGCCUUGAGGUCUGGGAAGGCGAUCUUCACGCAGCCGGCCGGUGUCAUCAAAUGUGCUGGAGCUCCUCAAAAAAUUAUGUGGAUGGCAUGGGACAGGUUCCAGAAAACCGGACGUGGAAGUCAGAUUUCCGUCGACUUUUAUACCGGCAUGCCAACUAUGUUCAGCGUGAAGAAGUACUCGGACGAGCUUGACAAGCUUCGUGUACAGCGGGGCGUUGGCGGCUACUUCAAGCAAAACCUCAUUGGCGUUGACCCUGCAAACCACAAAGCAACGUUCAAGAAGGCUGAUGGUUCGACCGUGGACGCGGAGUACACGCUCUUACACGUCUCGCCUCCCAUGGGGCCGCUCGACUUUAUCAAGAAGUCGUCUAUCGCGGACGAAGCGGGCUGGGUAUCAGUGGACCCCGGAACUUUGCGCCAUACGAAAUUCGGCAACGUUUGGGCGUUGGGCGAUUGCUCUAGCUUGCCGACGAGCAAGACUGCCGCUGCUAUCACGGCACAGGCCCCCAUUCUGACGGAAAACCUGUUCUCAGUUGUGACCACUGGUAAGACCGUCGACACGCCUUACGACGGUUACACCAGCUGCCCGCUGUUGACAGGCUACGGCCAGUUGAUGUUGGCGGAGUUCAAGUAUGGCCUGGAGCCCAAGGAAACUUUCGCCACUUACUUCGGUGACCAAAAGAAGCCACGCAGGGUUUUCUACCAUUUGAAGAAGGAUCUUUUCCCGUGGGCGUACUGGAACUACAUGAUUAAGGGCACAUGGUUCGGCUCGCACGGUUUCUUCCGUCCCAAGUUCCCACAUACCAACACUCCGCAGUAAAUUCCGCCGUGUCCUCACAGAUGCCUGGGGCGUUCCGCGCUCCCUCGGCUCGGAUUCCUCCAUGAUAUG